AUUUUGCUCUAACAUUAACCCGCUCGCUCUUCUCGUUCUUUCUUUCUGAUACUACUACAGUUUUCAUUUUGAUUUUUCUUCUCUGCAGAAAAUUAGGGUUUGUUUGUUGUGUUAAUUUUCAAAAUUUUCGUUUUGUUUUGUGUAAGUAUCAUCGUGUUUGAGAAUGGGUAAGGUGGUGGUGAGUAGCAGUAGUGAAGAGGCGGGGGGGAUGGUGGUGGAGUUAGAGACAGAGAAGAAGGAUAUUGGAUCGUCGGAGGUGGUUCGAUGGGAAAAGUUUCUACCAAAGAUGGUGCUCAGAGUUCUUUUGGUCGAAGCGGAUGAUUCUACUCGUCAGAUUAUUGUUGCCCUUCUCCGAAAAUGCGGUUACAGAGUUUCUGCUGUUCCUGAUGGGUUAAUGGCGUGGGAGACUUUGAAGGAGAGACCCCAUAGCAUAGAUCUCAUAUUAACUGAAGUGGAGUUGCCAUUAAUAUCAGGAUAUGCGUUACUUGCUUUGGUCAUGGAGCAUGAUGUUUGCAAAAACAUUCCUGUCAUAAUGAUGUCUUCACACGAUUCAAUUAGUGUGGUUCUGAAGUGCAUGUUAAAAGGAGCAGCUGACUUUCUCGUUAAGCCUGUUCGGAAGAAUGAAUUGAGGAACUUGUGGCAGCAUGUUUGGAGAAGGCAAACUCUAAUUGCUGGAAAAAUCCCUGGAAACUCGCAUCAAGUUGAGGCCGCAUCUGAAAACAACGCAGCUUCGAGUGAUUUUGGGACAUCUUUGCAGAAAAAUAAGGAUUGCAGCGAGAAAGGGAGUGAUGCCCAAAGCUCUUGUACGACCCCUUGCUUGGAAGCUGAGAGUGCUCACAUGCAAAAUAUACAGGGACUUUCACAUCUGAAGUACAGGAGUGCUUCAAAUUUGAGCGAUGCAGAUAAUGAGAAGCAUGAAGAUUAUACCAUAUUAAAUAAAAGCCCAGUAAAUCCUGAGAGCAAGACCGGAGUAAUACCUAACAAAGGGACUUCUAACACGGUACUUGUAGCAGAAUGGUCAAGCAGGACGAGACAUGACAGGGAACCGUGCCAUGGAGCUUAUAAUCCAACUGCUCCGAGACAGGUAGAGGAGCAUGCUUGUGCUAAGUCAGCGAUUCAUGAUGAGAACUCGAGACCAGAAAAUGAUAGGGAACAUGCUAAUAGCUCCUUUGGCCACGAUGAUGUACUUGGUGAAAGUGGAGCCAUUGACUUGAUUGGUUCCUUUAAUAAUCGCCCAAAGCACACAAAUGCAUACUCUAGUUUACAUGAUGCGACAAACAAGUUUGAAUUCCCUCCACUACUUGAACUCUCUCUCAGAAGAUUGUAUCCCAGUAGCUCAAAGAACCAAGGGCUAGAUGAAAGACAUGCAUUGAACCAUUCCAAUUCCUCAGCCUUCUCAUUGUACAAUAGUAAGUCACUGCAAUCCCCUUUUCCAACAUCUGCCAGUAAUGGCUCAGAUUCCAAGGAAGAAGCCAGUAAGUCUCCUGAUCUGUCAUCCAAUCAACUUGCUCAAAAUGUUGGUACUGUUUCUCAGAUACAUGAUGUCUCUUUGAGUGGCAAUCAAGAAAUUAUGACCACUCCGGUCAUUGGCCAAUCUGUGAAGGUGGAAUUAGCACAUCCAAGCCCUCAACUUGGAUUGAUUCCUGUCUUAGGUACAAGGCUUGACAAUAUAUCUACCGGAUGUGGUCAUGUUUUCUCCCCUUUAUGUUAUACACAAUCAAAUGCAGCGUGGAAUCCCAAUCUUGCGGGGCGGCCACAGUCUCCAUUUCCUACAACUGCCUCAGUUCGUUCAAAUCCUGAAGUUCUUGAUUCCAAGCAAAACCAGAAGUGUUCUGCUGAAACUACAUACUGCUAUGUUGACCAAAAUGAUCUUCAGCAGAACAAUAGGGAACCUGUGGAUGAAAUGAGACAUGAUUCACCUGCUGCUGGUCAGAGUAAUAGUAGUAGUUUAUGUAAACGUGUUGCCAAUAAUAAUAAUAGCAGUGCUUAUGAAAGCUUUGGCAGUAGAAACGAUGUAAAUGCCUCUUCAGUUGGGACAGCUGAGAAGUCCAUGGCUCAAGAGAACUUGAAUAAUGGGGGUAACUUCAACCAUGAUGGUUUUGGAGGGAGCGAUUCCUAUCGCUCCAGCCAAAGAGAAGCUGCUCUAACAAAGUUCCGCUUGAAGCGGAAAGAUCGAUGCUAUGAGAAAAGGGUUCGAUACCAAAGUCGGAAAAGACUGGCAGAGCAACGUCCUCGGGUGAAAGGUCAGUUUGUUCGUCAAAUGCAAAAUGAUUGCCCAGUUGCCAAUGGGUGACCGUGAAGUUUAUCAUCGCACUCCUGUUUGUUGUUUGUCGCUCGAGCGCCUCGACGUUUUGGAAAUGAUGGCAUGUCUAUGGUGAGAUAUGAACGUGUUUGCAACCUCCUUUACCUUUGGGUGUACUAGAAAAGGGAGGCUUGUAAUUAUGGGGUGAAGUCUGAAUCCUCUUCUACUCUGGUUAAUUUCUUUGCUCGCGCAGUAGAUGACUGACUUGUAGUUUUUAGGAAGCUAUAAAAGUAGAUAAAUGGGGUUGAUAGUUUUAAAGUGGGCUUGUUUCUUCUGUUAGCUUUACAAGUAUUGCUUUAUAUGAUUGCUGGGCAGCUUCCACUUUGUGCCUGCCUGAGAUUCUGUUGAUCAAUUAAUUAAGAGAAAGUGGAUAUUAUUAGUUUUCUUUA